AUGAAACGAGGGAUAGCUCAUGUGACAAGGGUUGAGGCAGGUGGACACGCCAUAAAGGCAUUUCUUUCUUUCCAAUUGCGUGUGCUGAGAGUCGCCCAUUGAUGUCAACCGCAAGAUCCUUCAGCUUGGCUAGGCUGGCGGGCACAAGUGGGGCAAGCCCACCGUGAUGCUGGUCAGAAGGCUAGCUAGUGGAGGAAACGGCAUCUCCACCCGGAACCAAGGCAGGCACGGGGAUGGCAGCAGAUGGCAGCCGGCCGGAUCGCUCGAUUCUCUGGGAGGGGGCCGUGCCGGUGGCGCCGGGGCUGGCCUACCUGGGGUCUACGAACGCGGGGUUCGAUCCGCAGGUUCUCAAAGAUCGGCAUGUGCCGAUCUUUGAGAUGCCCCCCGGCUUCUUCCCCGCUCACCACAAGCACGGGCCCCCUCCAAGCGCUGCCGCUACGACAAAGCCGGGAAACUCCAAAGGCCCAUCUGGCAAGGCAAAGAAAGGAGGCGCCAAAGCGGCGGCCAAAGCGUCGGAGGCUAGCGGGCCAUUGCAAAGCAAGCCUGCUGCUGCCCCUGCUCACCAUGGCAAGACGCCCUCUAACGGGCCACCGAAGCCUGCUGUGUCUGAGUCAGCUGAAAGGUCGGACUCGGGCACGCCUGCGAGCGUUCCCUUUUCGCAGCCUGCAAUCCAGGCUCGGAAGCUGACGGAGAGCGAGGCGCGUGAACUGGAGAGGCAAGCUGCGGCGACCAGGAUCGACUACAGCAAGACGAUCAAGCGCAGCGAGGCAAUCGCGCGCGGCCAGACGGUCUGCCGGCCAGGAAAGGGCGGCAAGGAGAAGCGGAGGAACUACGUGAUGCCAGAGUUUGGGAGUGUGGACUUCUUUGAGCAUAUGGCGAGGUGGAGCAUGUCAGCAGAGGGGAAAGCCGCCCUUGCCGCGCAGGCACAGGCCUCAGACAGAGGGCCCGACGCGGAUGAGGACCACGAGGAGGGGGCCAACACUGAGGGGGGAGGGAAGCAGGGGCAGGCGAGUAGCAGAAGUCAGACCGAUGGAACCGCGGCAGCAAAGGGGAGGCCAAUCGAUUACAGCAAGUGGGACGCGUUUGAGGACAGUGAUGACGAGCGUGAGAGGGCGGCGGCGCAAGGGAAGGGGUGCUGCCGGCACUGCAAGUGCUGCUACCCAGACGGGAAUGACUCGGACUCGGAGUGCAGCGACGACGGGCAUGACCACCGCCACCGGCAAGUGCACACAGUGCCGGGGAGGACGCGCGACGAUUCCCCAGAGCCGCGCAGCGAUGCCGCUCCCAAGACGCGGGGGCGAGGCAUGCGAGGUGUUGGGGGUAGAGGAGCGGGGGAGCCGCCUCCGUCUCGUGCUCCACGGGCUGGUCUCGCGAGUGUCGGCGAAGGUUCGAAGCAUGAGAAGGAACGCGCUGUGGGGAUUAAAGAAAGUGAGAGCGCAGCCAAGAAGCCGGGCCUCAAGGGCGGCUUCUUUGCGCCCAAGGCCGCAGCAAAGGCAACUGAAGAAGCGCCAGGGAGGAGUGGGAAGGAGGCGGGGGAUGCGGGUUCGCAGAAGCCGUCUGUGGACGACCUGCGGAUCUAUCACAAGCUGGGGGGAACUGCGAAGCCCUUGACGGCCUUCCCGCUCAAGAGUCCAGAGGAGCAGGAGAACUGGUGGAUGUACAUUCAUUCGGACGGCCGGCUCUACUUCGUGCGUGCUGGCAGCUCCGGGCUGGGCACGUGGUGGAAGCCGGAGGAGCUGCUCGACGUCACUGAGGCCCCGACGGGGUGGCAGGAGCUGUACGACAAGACGGGCCGCGUGUAUUACUACCACGCCGCCUCGGGCUGCUCGCUGGACACAAUUCCCGACGACCUGGCCGUGGCGCGCUUCUCGUGGCCGGGCCGGAACGGCAGCGGCCCCCGAAUGGACCUCAUGGCGGAGGCGGCCUGGCACGACAUCUGCAAGCACGCGCGCGGGGCGGCCACGCGGGAGGAGGCUGCGGAGCGCGCAAUCGCGUCCAUGCGCUUCUCGCGCUUCUUCCCCGCGGGCCUCGACCCCGCGUCCUUGCCGGGCCUGCAGGACACCAUCCGCAAGCGCAUGCACGCCGAGUGGCCCGCCUGCUGCGAGGAAGGCGAGCAACCGGGGUUGCGCUGCCCGGUCGGCAAGCUCACCGACUUCCCGCCUAAGUUCCCGGAGAGGCACCACCAGUGGCUCUCCUAUAAGCACGCAGAGGGGCGCUUCUACUUCGUCCACACCGACGACCCCGGCCCCGGCACGUGGUAUCGUCCCGAGGACCUGCUCGACAUCCCCGAGUACAUCACCGGCUGGCAGCAGGUUCUCGGCACCGGCCCGGGGUCGAUGUCGUACUACCACGUGGACGAGUGCCGGAGCCAGAAAGCCCUUCCUGCCGUGCUGGCCAAGGCGCGUCUGCUGCAAGAGCACUGCCCCUUCUUGACACCCCACCUGGCCGCGCGCAGGUUUCCGGCCUUCCUGAAGCAUAUGGAACAGGCCAAGACAGAGGCGCACGCGGAGCGGCUCGCUGCGGAAGCUGUGGCGAAGUAUCUGAAGGUUCCGCCGCCGUCCGUACCCAGUUCUGUACCUGACCCGCGGCCUCAGAGCAGCGGGAGCCAAGCACACGGCAGUGAGCGCAAGACUGCUGACAACAGCUCAGGGCCUUCCAACGGGAGUCAGCGCAAGGCGGCCGCUGACGGCAGCAAGGCGGCACCGGCGAAGCAGGGCGGGACUUCGGGGCCGCGGUUUAGCGUGGAGAAUUUCCAGCUGACACGCUACCGGCGGAUGCAGGAGCAAGUUUACCACGACUGGCAGGCCUACAAGCACGCAGACGGGCGGCUCUACUUUGUGCGCGAGGGCGACCCCGGCCCCGGCACGUGGCGCAAGCCGUACGACCUGCAAGACGCCACAGAGGGCCUCUCGGGGUGGCAGGAUCUGACAGACGCGGAUGGGCGACCGUACUACUGGCACGACGGCCAGCAGCGUCGCUCAACCGCGCUCCCCGAGGAGCUGCGGCAGGCACGGGACCUGGCGGACCGAGAGUCGGGGAAUUACGGGCCACUGCCCGACCCGGCAGAAGUGAUUGACCUCAUGCUCACAGCCAAGACGCCCGAAGAUGUCACGGAGGGGAUCAUGCGCGGCGCACUGACGGCAGGCAUGACCGAGGCGGACAAAGCGGUGAUGCACCGGCUGGUGGCGGCCAAGAUGGCGGAGAAGUGGCCCGAGGUGCAGGCAGCACAGCCCAACCCCGCACCCGCCCGGAACAGAGCCCCGGGGGCCAACGCGACGCCCAGCGGGGCGGCCGCGAGGUCCGGAGCGGCUGACGGGAAGAGCGGGAAAGCGGGGGCGCAGGCUGACGUCAGCAGAAGGAAAGAGGACGCCAACGGGAGGCGAGAUGGGGCGGUCAAGGGGGCCGCCGGGGCGGGGACAGCGACGAGCAGCGGGGCAAAGGCGGGGACAGCAGGCACGACUCCCUCGGACGAGGACGCGGCGGCGGGCGAGGAUGCAGGGGAGGGCGGGUACCGGGUGGGGCCGGGCGGGGAGCGCGUGAAGGUGUGCUGGAGCUGCGGCAAGGACGAGACGGAGGCCGGCAAGUUCAAGAAGUGCGACGCGUGUGCGCGGGCGCGCUACUGCUCACGCGAUUGUCAGCGCGACCACUGGAGGUCGCACAAGGACGUGUGCAGAGAAUGGGCGGCGGAACGGCUCAAACGAAAGCUGGCAGCCAACAACGGAUGAACGCUGUUCGGAGCUGCACUGCUGGUUGGUGCUCGGAAGAUCGUAAAAAGAGGUUUUAUUGGUCGUCAAGACACAAUUAUUGGUAGGGGUUGAUCGAGGUUUUGAUGUAACGUCGUUCCGACGCACCAGAUUGCUGAUUACCCGACUUUAGGUACUACGGUCCGGCCCAAAAUCGUUGUCCCAUCGAGGAUGAUGAAAUAGACACUCGAGAACACAGCAUAUGCAUGGGCAAUCUGGGUCGGGG